GUAACAUUCACAGCCCUGAUGAAUUGCUAUCGUCUCUACUUUUACCUUUGACGCAUUAGGACAUGACGGGAUUGUAGCAGUCGCUGAAAACGGUCACUGUGUGAUGGGAGAACUCCCCCGUUGACUUCGGACAGCUUCUUGUGUUCAAAUUCUGUGGAACAAUGGACAAGGAGCCCCAAACUAAAGCAGAACCUGCAAAGAGCACAGUCAACACCACGGCCACCACCACAGCGGUGAACCCUUCCCAUCAGGCCAAUGGGACCCCCAAACCCCCCCCUGCACUAACAACUGUCACUACCUUCCAUAGUCAGCCCAGCCCCACCGACAGAAAAGUAGUUCAGAUCAAUCUGUCUGGUGACCGACUGGCUCCUUCCUUCUCACCAAGUGAGCGAGUCAGCCAUGCUUCAUCUUCACAGCAGACCUCAAAAACGAUUUCUCUCCCUAACACUCCCAGAUCAACACCCCUUGUCAGAGGAAAUCAGAAUCAGUGCACUGCUGCGGCCCCCCGCAAGAUCUCUCCUCAAGCGCUGCUUCUGGGGAAGAGCCCAUGUACGAGCCAGGCCCAGAUGCUCCUGAGGGCCCAGAUGUUGAUUUUAACGUCUGCUGUGCGGCCUGAUGUGCCUGCCCUCACCUCUUCCUCUUCCUACUCUUCUUCCUCCUCCACCCCUUCCUCUUCCUCACCUCGAUUUACCUCCGCGCAGCUCCAGAGCCUGACUCUUCGUCAACCACCACCUGGCACACUCACCAUCCCUCCAAACCUACCACUUAAGCCCACAACCUCAAGCCAACCCCCUCCGCUUUCAUGCCCAAGAUUACAAACUUUCCAUCUGAGGCCCAGCCAGCCAGCGAACAUUCCAGGGAAGGAGGGACAGACUAAAACUGAAGGUUCAACUUCUCAAACAGCUCCACCGAAAGCACCACCUGUGCGCCAUCUUACGGUUCCACCACCAUCCCUGUAUGCGCCUGCACAGGCCCAUGCCUUAGCCAAACAGAAACUAAACAGCAGCAGCUUGAAGAGGCCUCAUAGCCAGAUCAGCAUCCCCCAGCACCCCUUCAAUCAGAGGCAUACACCCCCCAACUCUCCCUCCGCCACACCAAAGAAGCCUCUUCCAGAGUUAAGUCGCUGCCCGUCCACCCAGCCAUCCCAGAGUGUGUCAGCCAGCUCUUCUGUGCCCAUCACAGUUCCUUCACCUGUAAGAUCUCACCUUACACCCCGUACCCUAACCCUACCCUUGAGGUCCUCCACGGCGGGUGGGUCCUUACUGGCUACAAAACAGCUGCUGAGGAUCGCUCUGUCCUCUUCGUCUGCCCAGUGCACCAAUGGCCAAUCAAAGACAGCCACUGUGUCCCCACCCGACGAUCACAUUCAAUCAAAGCCUCUUGUUUCACCUGUGCUUGCUAAACCAGAGUGCACCACCCAGCCACUGCGGACUCCAAACCAAUGCCCACAGCUGGUGCAGCUGUCACCCUCCAGGCAAACUACAGUUGCCACACCUUUGGCCACCACCCCUCCACUGGCGUCUCCACAGAGGGCGUCUCCUCCAUCACCAGUGCUGCCCCUGAUGUCCACCAGCAGCAUUCUUGCACCGCCACAGUCACCCCUGACCUCACAGAAUCCCAUACAAACGGCCGAGACAUCAGAAGACCUGAAAGACAGAAAAGAAGAGCGUAAGGAGAGAGAUGGAGUUGAGCAGACUCCUCAAGAUCUCAAAUGUCCAGCACUCCUGAGGAAAAGUCCAGGACAAAACCAAAUCACCCAGUCAAGUGAAGCUUCAGAGAAGACCACGGUCUUUAAUAAAAUGACAGUCUGCACGGAGGAUUCGAGGACUGAUGGACAGAUGAAGAUGUCACAAAAGAAUGAGUCACACUUGCCCUCAGUCCCACCAUGGCAAGCUGAGAAAGACGACCAAUGUGAGGAAACAUCCACCCAGUCGGACAAUCACUCAGCCAUCUCCAGCCUCUCCUCUGACAUGUCACCCAUCCAGUCUUCCCUGACUCAACCUUUAGACAUGUCCCCUGUGGACAGCUGCACUCCCCCAAAGUUUCACCCCAUGCUGGAGAGACCACUAGUUCAGCCUCCUACGUUCAGCCAAAUGAAGCCCACAGAGGUCGAGCAGCCAUCAGGAGCAGCCAAAUCUUUGGUCCUAACACACCUGGUAGAAGGAUUUAUCAUACAGGAAGGACUGGAGCCAUUCCCGGUGAACAGGUCAUCUCUAAUGGUAGGUCCUGUCAGGGAGUCUGGGAUAAAUGGGGUGAAGGAACCAGGACUAAUCCCUUCCAGCUCAGAUCCUCCAGAGGAGUCCACAGACUCAGAAGAUGAGGUCACAAAUAAUGGUGUUGGAGGGGUCCACAAACUUGUUCUGCAGUGCCAGUUUUGCAAGAGGAAAGGCACCGCCCAAACGUUUGCACGCUCCAAACGCUUCUGCUCCAAAUCCUGUGCCAAGAGAUUCAGUUACACCAAACGUUUCCGUGCGCUCAGGCGCUGUAUAAGCGAAGGUGGCCAUCGAUCUGAGCUCAAUGGCGCUGAGGACAACAGCGAGGAAAACUUCAAGCAGGCAAGACAUGGGAUCACGGAGCAAUGGAGAAUCCUUCAGCAACCUCCACAGGAAGGUGAAGAUGAGACAGCCAUUCCGAUGAAGACCAGGCUCCGCAGGCACACAGAACAAGAGCGAGUGAGGGACGUGAGAACAAGGCAGCCGAUGGAAGAGACUAGAAGUGCUCCCACCUCACCUGUAGACCCUGUAUCCCCCAUUGAUGUCUCUUCCUGCCCCAAACCAGCUCAAUGGUCUGUGGAUCAAGUGUCAAGCUUUAUAUCCAACUUACCAGGGUGUCAAGACAUUGCAGAAUCCUUCAGAGCCCAAGAGAUUGACGGGCAGGCCUUGCUUCUCUUGACCGAAGACCAUUUGAUGAGCGCCAUGAAUGUCAAACUCGGCCCCGCUCUGAAAAUAUGUGCCCGCAUCAACUCUCUGAAAGAAGGUGGAAGAUAAAGAGAAUGAAAAAGAGACAAAAAAAAUAGAAGGUAUACCCUUGUGGACCAUAAGAGCACUUGCCAAUAGAAUAGAGCCAAUUUGUGCACUUUAAUCUUUAGAGAUUUAUGCGAUAAAUUCAUUGUUUUGAGAAAGCUUACAUGUAUUUGCUUGAACUAAACUAGCAAAACUUUACAGUACUUGUAAACUCUGUCUGAAAGCAUGGUAGCAAUAUAAUGGUCUCAGUCUGUGAGCAUUUUACGAGAUGUAUAUUUAAUCGCAGUAGGAGGGAACUGUUAGUGUCUCCUUUUUUUGUAUGGUAAUCAUGAUCAGGGUCAAUGAUUUUAUAUUUUUGACAAAGGCACAAAGGAGAUCGCUUCCUGUGUCCAUGUGGAGAGGUUUGACAAGAACGGAAGUGCUGUUAUUGUGUGCAUGUCCCAUUGUAUAUAUUUUCCUAUUGUAUUCCAUAUGUAUACAUGUAUAACAAUGCAGUGUUCUGUGUGUAUAAAUGAAACAAAUGUUUUGUGAAGGAUUUGUAAUAUUUAAUAUAUUUGUCUUCUAGGGCUCUAGAAAGUACAAAUGCGAAUCAUUUCAAGUUUUUAAACAUUUUUAAAUGACGUUUGAGAUACUGACAUUUCCGCAGUGGUACUGUGUAAAACUGUCAAAGAAUAAGAUGAGAAGGUACCCGAUUUUAAUCAAGGCAGUGAAAAGGUGCCUUUUUUCUGAGACCUUAUGAAACUACUGUAGACAUUUUGCAGAAGCAAACUAUGUACUAGAUAGUGUCAUCAUAAAAGUGUUGUUUCUCAUUGUUACAUUACUUUUCUUGUGCCACUUUUGAUUAUUUAAUUAAAACAACUACAUUUUGUU